CCGCCCCUCUCCCCAGAGCUACGCGGCGGCAGAGCGGAGGCCUCGUGCCGUAACGGCCAUCGCGGCGGCCGUGGCGGCGUCCCUACCCUCCUCAAGUGAGCUGGCGCCGCCCGGGCUCGGCAGAGGGGAGUGCAGAAGGUGCUGAAAAAUGGCAGAGGAAGUGGUAGUAGUAGCCAAGUUUGAUUAUGUGGCCCAACAAGAACAAGAGCUGGACAUCAAGAAGAAUGAGAGAUUGUGGCUUCUGGAUGAUUCUAAGUCCUGGUGGCGAGUUCGAAAUUCCAUGAAUAAAACAGGUUUUGUGCCUUCUAACUAUGUGGAAAGGAAAAACAGUGCCCGGAAAGCAUCUAUUGUUAAAAACCUAAAAGAUACCUUAGGCAUUGGAAAAGUGAAAAGAAAACCUAGUGUGCCAGAUUCUGCAUCUCCUGCUGAUGAUAGCUUUGUUGACCCAGGGGAACGUCUCUAUGACCUCAACAUGCCUGCUUAUGUAAAAUUUAACUAUAUGGCAGAGAGAGAGGAUGAAUUAUCAUUGAUAAAAGGGACGAAGGUGAUCGUUAUGGAGAAAUGCAGUGAUGGGUGGUGGCGGGGUAGCUACAAUGGACAAGUUGGAUGGUUCCCUUCAAACUAUGUGACUGAGGAAGGUGACAGUCCUUUGGGUGACCAUGUGGGUUCUUUGUCAGAGAAGUUAGCAGCAGUCGUCAAUAACCUAAAUACUGGGCAAGUAUUACAUGUGGUUCAGGCUCUUUACCCAUUCAGCUCGUCCAAUGAUGAAGAACUUAAUUUUGAGAAAGGAGAUAUAAUGGAUGUUAUUGAAAAACCUGAAAAUGACCCUGAGUGGUGGAAAUGCAGGAAGAUCAAUGGAAUGGUUGGUCUGGUGCCAAAAAACUAUGUUACCAUUAUGCAGAAUAAUCCAUUAACAUCAGGUUUGGAACCAUCGCCUCCACAGUGUGAUUACAUUAGGCCUUCACUCACUGGAAAGUUUGCUGGCAAUCCGUGGUAUUAUGGGAAAGUCACCAGACACCAAGCAGAAAUGGCAUUAAAUGAAAGAGGGCAUGAAGGUGAUUUCCUCAUUCGUGAUAGUGAAUCUUCGCCAAAUGAUUUCUCAGUAUCACUAAAAGCACAAGGGAAAAACAAGCAUUUUAAAGUACAGCUAAAAGAGACUGUCUACUGCAUUGGGCAGCGUAAAUUCAGCACCAUGGAAGAACUUGUAGAACAUUACAAAAAGGCACCAAUUUUUACAAGUGAACAAGGAGAAAAAUUAUAUCUUAUCAAGCAUUUAUCAUGAUACUGCUGACCGAAGUGAACUGCUGUACAGUUGUAAUUCGUCAUGUAAUUGAAGACUGAGAAAAUGUCAGUCCAGUCAUGUUUGAUUGGAAAUUGCUGUUUCUAACUCUAUAUGAGAAUUGACUAUAAUACAUAAAAUAUUUUUAUUAUAACUCAGCCCAUAUACUACAUACACCAAGCAUUUGCAUAGAGCAGUUCCUUAUCCUUGGGUCUUCUGUUUUAUUGUUUUCUUGCUCUUCUCUUGCUUCUAAUAUUAAGGUUUUAUAUUUUGAAAAAAUGAUGCAAAUCAAAAGUCUUUAUAUGAAAGAAUUUAUUGCCUUUAUUUUCUUUUAAGGGCACCACCUUAGUUACUUCUGCAAUGGUUUCUAUUCAUAUAAAAUUAUUAUAUCUAUUAUAUCAACAUAUACCAUAUGUUAAAAUAAAUUUCUUGGAGAGUUAAUCUUUUCUGUGACUAAAUAGCAAUAAUAAAUGGAAAAUUAGAAAUUAUUUUCAACUAUUAUAUUUGUCACAAACCAUUGUAAAUACCAAAUAUGUUGUGUCUGUCAUUUUUCAGAAUUCAUUUGUUUUCAGUUUAAAGCAAACCAUAUGGGACAUAGGUUAGAAAACAUAUCUUGUACAAUUUAAAUUUACAUCUGUUGGAAGCAAAAAUCUCCAAAUUCUUAUGAAUUUUUUCCCCCUACUUCUCUCUCAUCUGGUUAUUCAAGAGAAAAAAGCAUUCUCAAGAUAUUUAGCUUUUAACUGUAAAUGGAUGCUCUAGUGUUAUUUUUUCCCCUAGUUAUAUAUUGUCACUGUGAAAAAAAGCUAAGGCCAAAUUUUGAAGAAGUAGGUGACAAUGAGGUAAGAUACUUGGUUCUCUGCCUACCACCCUUCCCCCCAGAAAAAUCAGUAAUAAUCAAGCAUAGUAGUUGUAGUAUUUUUAUUUUCUUCAUUCAGCUUUGAAUUUUAUUGACCAGGACACUAAAAUUGAUAUAUACUUGAUGAAAAGAUGUGAUGUGCUAAUGCUUUGAGAAAAUUUUUAGAAUCUUAUUUUUGCAGAUUCUUCUAUUAUAUUUUUAUCCUGCAGAAGUUUGGGUGUAUGGGUAAGAGGCUGAGGCUACUGUAGAGAAUUUAAUCUAUUUCUGUACAUCACAGAAGAAAACCAGUUAGUUACAUUUUAUGGCCACAACUCCCCCCCCCGCCCCCGCCCCGCAUUAUAAAUUCUGGAGAUUUAAGGAAAGUACCUUCAGUAUUUUAAUAGAAAAUACUUGCUAAAACAAUUUAGUAAUUAGGAGAAAGUCAUGAGAUUUUUUAAAGAUUUCACCAGUGCUGCCUAGGCAAAUGAAUGUUUCUAUUCUUUAUUAUAAACAGACAUUUAAGACACAAAAUUACUGAUUCUAAAAUUGAAGUCUAAUUCAUGAAUUUCUUGAUUUUGGUGGUUUUAGAUUUAUUUUGUUUUUUAAUUCUCUAAAUCUUCAAAUCAUUUAAAGACUUAGAUUGCCACUGGGUGGCAGCCCUGACUUCUCCCUCUAAGCAACAGGAGUUAGCAAAUAUAAACUUUUUACAAUUCUUUUAUCUUCAUUACAUCUGCUUUUAAAGCCUUUUAGUUUGUAUUUCAUUAUUUUUCUCAGCCCCACUUUAUUUAUUUAAGAUAAUUAUGAGUAGGCAAGUUUAAUGGAAACAAAAGUCACAUGCUUGUUUUUUUGGCUGUAAAAUCAUGACUAUAAAUUGAGGAAAAUAGUUUUAAAGUAGUUGUAAAAUGACUUUUAAAUUUUAAACAUUUGAUGAUGCUUUCUUUUUAUUCUCUACCUCUUUGUGGUCCCCCCACCCCAAUCCAGUCUUCCUUACUUAAAAAAUUAAUGUUUAAAAAAAGAAAGGAGGGGAUGGGUUCAAUUACUAAUUUGUAUCACAGACAUGAGCUAUUUAUAGCAAACCCUGCUGGGCUGAUGUCAAGCAUUUUGAGAACGUAGCUAGGAGUGGAGUAGCACUGGAAACAGUGCAUAUUUCUGUGCUGUAAUUAGAUUCAUACUAACUAGAGAAUUCCUAGGAGAUCCACGUGUGCCAAUAAUAGCUACUGUGUGCUCUUACUAUAUUCUGGAGACCUCACUGGGAACUACUUAAUUUUGUACUUCAACGUUUUAUCAAUUUUUUUAAAGUCUUAAAACCAGUGUUUACAUCAAUGACUUUUUUUUUAAAGCAUGAAUUUUCUUAAGAACUGGAACCAUUUUCAAAAACAUCUACAUGGCUAGCUAGUAGCAGGACUUGUGUUAGAAACCACGUUUCCUCAUUCCUAGCCUGUACACUUGUCUUGUGACACAUUGGCUUCAUUGUGCCUGUUUUUAAGACUAGGAGGAAAGUCCUGGAAAGAGAAAUAUUACAGAAAUUUUCUUUCAUCUGUGAGGAGAUGCUUAGCUUUCAUUUUAAAUAUAACACACAUAACUGCCCCACAAUCCACUUCUACAAAUAACUUCAAAUUCUUGGAAGAAGGAUUUUCAGAACUUUAUGUAAGCUCAGUGACUGAAAGCUAUUGCCGCUGUAUCUGUUGUUUAGUCAGAAGUCCUUACGUUCAGCUGAAUACAGAUUCACACCUAUUACACACCUUUGACUAUGCACAGUAACACCUGGCACUUUCAAAGAUGGUGUGUCACAGAUACAUCACUUAACAAAAUCAGAAGGCUUUAGUGCAAUCCGUUGUAAUUGCUGUAAGAAUAAAACGCCUAGCUUUGGUUGGUAGAAUGAUGUCUUCAUGGAUAUGUGGAUACAGUAAUGACCCAUAAGUUGUCUCCAGCUUUAGUGCUUUAAUUUUGUCAUCUAAUCUAGAGAUUGCAAGAAGCAGGGCCACUACUGUUUGUAUAGGUACAUUUGUGAGAAUUGCAAAAAGGCACAUCUUCCCCUGGCAAGACAGCCACUUUUGUUGCUGUUGCUAAGUCCAAAACUCACCAUCGCCACCCUUCCCCCAUCUUGCAAGAUAACCCAGUUCAGGAUACAAUCAAACAGGAAUAUAGUUCAAGCUACAAUGCUUAAAAAAAUAAUUGUUAGCAUUUUUAAAUGGGGGGGUGGAGGGCUUUACAUAAACAGAGUUUUGGUUUCCCCUGAAAAAUGAGAAGCUGGUAACACUGGAUUUGAAUUCUCAUGAGGCAUUGGAUAGUAUGGAUACUCCCCUUAUUUUUACCAAUACAUUAAAGAUUAACAGUAAAACAGUGUUUCCCAACCUUUAUGCUCCUAGUUCAAAUCUCAAAAUGCAGUUAGUGUUACUCCCUGUUUUUCCUGUAACGGGAAUUUUUGGUUUGGAAUCUGGAAACUUAUAUUUUGCAGAAACAUUCAGUUGCAAUGUCCAAAUUAAUAAGGAAUAUAAUAUUACAGCAUGCUUUAACUUUUCACUUCAGUAUUUUGCUAGAAGAAAAGAAGAUCCUUUGCAGUCUUAUUUAUCUAGAUUCUUUAAAUGUUUUUGAAUGGUUUCACAACUGAAGUCACUUCUAACAAAGCAAAUUUGAUACAGCACAAAUGACAUCCCCAUUUUAUGUUUUGAACAGCAUCCAAGGGACUUUCUGAAAAUGCCAUAUUACUGCUUCUGGGGAAAAUCAUUGUUUUAUUCUAUUGCAAGGCAAGGUAGGAAAGCUUUCUUCUGAAAAACUGGUUCUGUUGGCUUUUAACAAGUUUAUAUGACUUAACUGUCAUCUUCUAAACUCUUUAACAGACCAGCACACUAUGCAUACGCCACACCGUAGUUUCUUGCUGCUAAAUGACCUAAAACCAAUGACCAAAGAACUGAAAUACAUUUUUCUUGUUUAUUGUGAGGGGUUCCUUUGAUUUGGAAGUACUAAUAUAGUUUGCUGAGACUUUUUAAUGAGAACAUAAAUUGGGCUUAGGUUUUGAAGAGCAUGAGUUUUCGUUAUCACUGGCUAUGUUCACAGAGAUAAACCACCAUGUCUUUUGAGAGUAUGUAUGUUGGUCUGAGCACUUACAUUAUCUUGGAUACUCUGGAAUUGGCCUGAUGCCUACAAAGGAUUCACACAAACAUUUAGUUUACCUAGCAGAUUUUUAAAAUGUUUCCUCUCAAAUUACUUUUUAAGCUGCUUUUAAGGCUCCAGGGAAAGCUGGUCUCAGUAUUUUGAAAUAAUGUUGCAAAAAUUAUUUGUAGUUAUAGAAGACAAAAAGUACUCAAUUUCCUCUCUCCCUGUAUUACUGUGACUUUUGAACAGGAAAACAAACUUACAAGUAGACUAGAGUAGACAUCUGAAGUAGUUUAGGUAUUGCUUUAAAUAGAUCUCUGGACUCAGAAAAUAUAUUAAACUCUGUAGAACAUUUGAAGAUAGCUUUUGGGAAAUUAUGGAGACAGGUGUAUUCCAGAAUGAGACUAGAGAGUGUUAAAUACUGGAAUGGUUUUAAAAGUGAUGUUUUUUGAGCAUUUGUAGAAGAAAUUAGUAAUCCCUCAAUAAAUGUCUUUUCUCAGAACAAGUAAUGCAAACACACUUUUACUUGUUUUGAUAUGUUUUAGACUAUAGAUAAGGGGGAUGGUGUAGAAGACAAUUUCAUCAGGGCAUAUGCUAAUCACUUGGUGUCAAGAUGAGAAAAUUACUUUUUGGACAGUUAUAUCUAUGUGUAUAGUUUUGUGUCUGCUUAGGUUUUGGAGAUAUUUAUCCAUCAACCAACCAUCCAGCCACCUCACCUCAAAUAAUUGGAUUGUGUAGGUGCCGACCAUUCUAACCUAGCAAUAUGAGAGUGAAGAAAAGGGAUAUGUUUGUCCAAAAGCAGUACCUUUCUCAUGAUGUAAAGCCUAAUGGAAAAGUUCUAUGAAGAAAAAACAGAGCAAGAAGAGAGAGUGGGUGUUAACUUAUGUAGGAUGGUCAAAGGAGGUCUCAUAAAAUUGACCUUGAGUGUACUGUGUGCUUCACUUAAUCUCUGGUGACUAGCUUUAAACCAGUGCAUGAGUGAAAAUAGAGCAGUCAAAAUCAUUUGAAAAAUUGUUUUAAGAUCUUCACUGUUACAGAGCAUUUUUUCUGGUUUUCAAAUUGUAAAAUUGAAUAAAAUGAUAUUUGUUUUAUUUA